GGCAACGAUAUUUCUCUACCAAUACUCGAGCCUUUGAAGCCUUCAGCUAAUCUCGAUUCCCGAAGUUGCGACUCAAUCAGAGCCAACGUCUUGCUACCCCCCCUAUUUAUCAUGGAGCGCCCGAAUAUCUACUGUUCUUUUUGCGGUGUUGUUAUCCUAGCAGACAAUUUUGAAGAACCGCCAAGCUUGGAAGUUCGUCGCCCGUGGUAUUCAGAAGCUCGUGCAAUUCGUAUGAGGCAUGGGGCCUCUGAUGACAUUUCACUCACCGGCGUUGGGAUUCUACGCAGUCGGUCGGUCCUCCAUGUUCCCGUUGAAGUGGACUCGACUUAUCAAAACACGGAGAAUCUCGAACCAGUAAUGCUGUCCCAAAACUUAGGAGACUCCUGGGGGUUUGGCUUUCACGAUGCAUGCUGGGGACUAUUUCUUCUGAGACUCGGCGUUGUAAAAGACGAGAUAGACAACGUUCUGCAGUGUCUCUUCAUACAGUUUCUCAAUAGUCCUUGGCCUGGAUUCUCUAGUUUAGACUUCGGGCAUGAUUAUGGCGGUGCUGCUAACACGCAUAAAUCCUGGGGACUUCCUCGACCCGUCGACCUGACUUCUCCGCUCUAUGCUGAUCCAAAUGCUAUACCAUCCUUUGAUAUGGUAGAGUUGAAAACGCCACCGAGCCUUCUCUUACGGAUAGCUCAUCAAACUGAUAUCACAGGCGAAAGUCGUCCACAGUCCGCCUCCCCCGCGUUCGGGAAUCUCUCCCUCGAAUUGGUGUACGAAAUAUUCUCGUACCUUCCCUGCAGCCAGCUUGCCAAACUAAGGCUUGUGUGUCGAGAUCUUUCGUGGAAGGCGCGACCAGACCAGCUACCGCAGUCGUACUGGAAGAGCCGGUUUUACCUUGGCCAGGAGCUGGGCUUUAUGUGUCCGAAUUCUUCAAUGGUCGCCAGAGACUGGUUUCGAGCAUACUGGGGUACCACGUCAUUCUUGGUGGCUGGUGAGCUAUCGUUGGUAAACAGGAAGAGAAUUUGGAGCCUGCUGGAGCCUAUCGCGAUGCUUGUGGAAUCCCAUUUACCUCUACCGCUGGCCAAAGCUGGUUACAUCGUACCUCUUCCAGACAAGGACGAACAGGAAUGUUACACCUACUCAGCAGCAGAUGCUCAUGCAGACGUUUCCGGUGAUAUUUAUCUCAUGCAGUCUUUCUCUGGCCAGAUAAGCCCCAAGAAAGAGCGCGGCCCUUUAGAAAAUGGCUGUGACAUGCUUGAACUUAGGGCAGUGCAUUUCGCUCCGUGCGGCCACCAGGAAGGACUGCAAAUUACGAUUUCGGGCCUUCGCUUGGGGACUAGAGUGGUUCUAUCAGGUCUUUCCUUCGAUUGUAGGGAAAACAUGCAAGUUGAUGAAUCUCGACUCGGCAUAUGCGACACUCCUAUGCAAUGGACCAUUGACGUGCCCUCAAAAUCAUCUAUUAAAUCGAUUAAGGUUGCAUUCUGCUCACUGGGUCUUGUAGGUGUGAAGUUUAUCUAUAGGAAUGGUCGGUCAUCGACAUGGGUUGGGCAGAGCCAGGGAGAUGGAGUGGCUUAUGGCACGUUAAAUAUACCACCUGAUGCAAGGGAAUGCUUCCUGCUGGCCGGACUCGACGACAUCAAGAUUGUGAAACUUGGGAUGGCUACAUCGAUGGAAACAGUCGGAUCUGGUCCUUUAAUGAACCACCUACUGAGUAUGAAAGACCGUCAUGACAUCUCGAUAGACUCUCGGCUCUGGACACCAGACAUCCCCGAACACGAGGAUGUUAAAGUCACCCGUCUCGUGCCUGGGAGCCGAGAGGGUACUUUCGAGCCGUUGGUCAACAUUGACUUCGGUGGUGCAAAUGGUCUUCUUCUCGAGUCGCUGUCAAGAGUGGUAAUGCACAUGCUGUCGGAUAUACAUCCCAUUACUAGGAUGGAGUUUCACUAUAUCGAUGGGACCGUGAAAGCUUUCGGUGCAGGGCCUUUCGCCGCUGAGCUCUCCUUUUGUGUGGAUGGUCCGGGCCGGGAGCGCAUCACCAAAGUAGGGAUUUUGCAGAACCCGGUCAAGCUUACUUUUGCUGGCAUUCAGUUGGUAACCAACCGUGGCCGAACGGCUCACUUUGCAAGUCUUCGCCAACAGACCAGAACCGAGGAUGUGCACUAUCUACCGCUUCAUCUCGGGGAUGUCGUGACCGGGCUUGUUGGCUCAAUUGAGGAAUCUAAACGCACUUUCUCCAAAAUCGGGAUUCAAAGCCAGCCGGGCAAGGAGAAACAUAGCUCGGCCAUUGAACAUGCGAACUACGAGUCUUUCGAACCUUGGGAGGGAGUCGUGAAGUAUGAUUUGGAGUUCGCAGAGCCCAUUAUACGUACCAAGGGAGUUUCGGAAUAUUCCACUCACGCAUCCCUCCAGAAUGUAAAGAGCAUUCGAGCGUCCAUAGGACUUUCGGGGCGCUCCAGGGCCCCCGAUCGAAUUUCGGGCUUGAGAUUUGAGUUCCAUCACCAGCAGAACGCCAGCAUUCUGGGCCAGUGGAUGGAAGGAUCUCAUGAGUUCACAGUGGAUAUAGCCAGCGACGAAAGUAUCCAAUGUGUGACGGUAUGGAUCACUAAAGACGCUAUGUCUGGCGAAUAUUUCGGCAUGUAUCAAGGCCAAGUGGCGGCCAUUCGGAUUUCAACUGACCACGGCCAAAAUCUGACUUUCUGCCCGUCUGCUGAUCUGAAUGUCCUGAAUACAUGCCUAAAGACCCAAUACCAGGCUACUCCGUACCAAGAGCUGUUUGAGGUUGAGCCCCGGACUGAUAAGGAGUUUAUUGAAUCUCGACGCCUUAAAUUUGCUGUCUCAGAGAUAACCGACGAGGAAACCUAUUGCGACCGUGGUGUAUUGAGUCUCUGGGCCAAACACAAGCCGUCUGCAGACAGAAUGGCAAAUGCCGCGCAGGCCAGACACAUUUUCUAUCCGCCGGUUGGUACCCGACUGGCUGGCAUUUACGUCUCAUGUCAGAAGUUCGCGUACCUGGGUUGCUUAUACGAGCCUGAGGCUUGAUGGCUGUUGGAUUGCUGCGUCUGUGUUGGACAGUUGGCGGCGUUGUGGGUGAUCAGGAGAUGCAUCGAGGUUUUUCCAUCUCAGUUUGCCGAUCUCUUAUUUCUUUCUACGAAUUUCUCGAUUAUCUAGCUUUUAU